UGUAGACAGUAACGCUCGAGUUUGGGGUGGCUACGCCAUCCCGAACAAAAAAAAAAUAACAUCCUAGUUUGAGGCCUAAUCGCCUAGAAGUUAGCCUAGACAGUGUCCGCUUGGAAUAUUCCUAAUCCAUGAAAACAGUGGGGUGUGAGAAUAAUUUUUUUAGAAGCAGUAAAAGCCCAUUUGGAAUUUAUAGUAUAUUGACAAGAUGGUAACCUGUGCAGCAGUUGGUUGUAAGAAUUCAUCUAACAAAGGUGUUAAAAUGAAUUGUUUUCCAAAAAAUGCUUAUCGCCGAAACGUAUGGAUAAGAAAUGCCAAAUUGGAAAAUAAAAUAUUAAACCGUUCUGCAGCAUUAUGUGAGUUUCAUUUUACCUCAAAUAUGUGGGAAAAGAUACGAAUUGAUGGAACAAAAAAACUUAAAUGUACAGCAGUUCCAACAAUAUUUGGAGAAUUAGUAACUCAACAAAAAAACAAAAAAGCUAAAAUUAAUCAAAAUACUGCUAAUUUAAAUGGAAUUAAACAAUCUCAGAUAAUAAUAUCUAAGACAGAUUAUGAUGGUACUGUUACAAUAUCUAUAAAUAAUCCGAAAGAAGAACAAUGUAAAUCAGACAAUUUUCUAUCUGAUAUUGAAGAAGAAAAAGCAGUAACUCAUGAAAUAAGCAAAAAAUCUGCCGAAGAAGAAAUAGCAGAAUCAUAUAGUGAUAAAAACAUUAUGCAAGACGACACAUUAGUUUCAAAACAGGAACGUAGUUUAGAUAAACAAAAUUUAUUGUAUAUGGAAAAAAUCAAGAAAUUAGAAAAGCUGCUUCGGAAGUCAGAAUCACUAAGAAUGACUAUGGAAAAGAGAUAUAAACGUUUGCAAAACCAAUAUAAAAACAGAAUUAAGGAAUUAGAAAAAAAAGUAUGCAUUAUCAAAUAGUUUCCUACAGUUAUUCGACAACUUUUUCAUGAAGAUCAGAUACUCUUAAACAAAAAACAUUGGUGUAAUGUAAUGUUAGUCAAUAUCACUUUUUGCGUACCUAUCAGGAU